ACAAAGGAGACAACAAAUUAUGCUCGUCUUUGCCGUCUUUUGGUGGAUGGGGGCACCAAAGCCUUAAGGCACACCUUUGACACCUUUCAUCCUCCAGCGGCCCUAUGUACCGAUUUGACACACCCUUCCAAUCACUUAAUUCUACAGUCCCUUAGGAAGAAGAGAAUUCUCAAUGCCACACAAUGGGGUAAAUUGUAUCCUGCUACUCCUGCAACUGUAAGAUCAGAAGACUUUGACAUCACACUUUUGGUGCUGCUGUUAAGAAACAUCUGUCCCCUGACUCUUCCCGCCACAGGAUGGGACAGUCUACCACUUGCUUCAGAUGCGAGUGUUGAGGCUAACAUAGCCAGAGUAAAGUAUUGUAGAAAUGAAGUCUAUGGACAUGCAAGCCAGGCAUCUAUCGACGAUCCAACAUUUACUGCAUUGUGGCUGGAUAUCAGUAAUGUAUUGAUAGAAUUGGGUGUAGAUGCUACUACUAUCAAUAAGCUGAAGACUGACACCAUGGAUCCUGUCAUUGAAGAGCAUUACCAAAAGCUGUUGAAGGAAUGGAAGGAAGAUGAAGCUAACAUCAGGGACAAACUUGUUGAGAUGGAAGGUACAUAUGAUUGGAUUGUGCAAUGUUAAAUGUAUCUUGAGUUUCACUUAAAUGUCUGUGCAUUAAAACUGUGAAAGGCUUGAACCCAGGGGUCAUUUCAUAAGUAGUUAAACAUGAUCGUCCGGGUGAAAGUAGUCUUGAAUAGGACUGUUGUUGACAGUGACUGACGUUCCGACAACGUACCUGUGCGGUAUAUUAAUCCUCAGAGUCAAAGUGAGUUGUAUCACGUCAGUUGAUGACAUUAAACUCUGGUUAUUGACGGACCUGAUUGGUCAUUUAAUUCGCGAUGUUAUUGGUCGUCUGUCAGUUAGGCCGUGUUGUUAUUGGCUGUGAAGACUCGAAAUGUCAUUGGUGCGUCUCGAUCCGUCUACUGUCAAAGUUUAACAGUCGUUUAUUGCUACUCAAAUUUUCAGUUGUCUAGUCAUUCUCUCGUUAUUCGUUAGUUAGUUUUGCUUGAGUCCGUCAUUUAAGUCGUUUGUUCGGCGCCAGUAACGGUUGAAUACGAAUUAGUACAGUCUUCGCAUUGCUAGAUAAAACAAGUCUUUUGGGUAUUGUUUUUGAAAGCAUACUAUAAGUAACAAUUAUUCACCAAAGCGGAGGUGGCUAGUGGUGGGUGGAAUUUACAGAGCCGCGAAUUGUUUUAGUAUAUACUAAAACAGUGAGAUAAUUGAGCACAAAAAUUAUGAUUUUUAACCUAUUUACUGUUGCCAACGACUAAUAUUUUGGGGCACAACGACCGAACAGCCGUCAAAAUAAAGCUUUUGAAGGCAUUUGUUUAGCUCUUGCGAGGAAAUUACUUCUCAAGGAGUUGUGAAUUCUCUUUGUAUUUAAAACAAUUAUGUAAAACACUUUUAAAUUUAGUUUUAAGCUUAUUUCUGAACAUGCGAGCUAAAUAAAGUAACGCAAGAAUUAAGCUUAUUUCGCAUUUGUAAACAAAAAAACUUUUUCACCGGUUUCAUCGAUAAAUUCAAGUCAAACAGACAAAGCUUUUCCAAACCGAAUUUCGUCACCUUCAUCGUGUAUUUUGGGAACAGCUUGUUUGAUUAUUUGUAAUUUCUUUGUUUGUUACGGCAGCAAACGGGGAAGCCAUUUUUCUCGUAACUUAAGCAAGUUUGGCGUCGCUCGCUCGGAGGAACUGGAGGUGAAUCAGUGAAUAGCACUGGAUAUCCGGAGGUUGAGUAGCCAAUGAGAGCGCGCGAAAAACACUAUCCACUGUUUUAACUUAUGUCAAAAAAGCUAUAAUGCUAUCAUAACCUGAUAAGAUUUAAUAGUCGAAGAGCUGUAAAUUCUUUAGGCAUUUGCAUUAUGAUCAAUUUGUUACUACCUUUCCUCCGGAUAUGAGGAAAGGAUAUUUCACUCUCCUUCCCGUUAUCGUUCCAGUGAACCGUGAGAAUUCUUGCUUGGAGGCCUCUCUGUUUUUUAGGUGUAAUCCGAUUGGACCUGGAACAGAUGAAAAGUGGGAUUGAAAACCUUAGUGAGCAACUGGAAAGUUUGAAAAAAACUGUUCCCAGGGUUGAAGGUCAGUGUAAAUUGUAAUUGAGGUUGACUAAAAGAAACUAAAAUUGAUCUGAAACGGAAUUAAACAAACGUUUUUGUUUUAAUUAAAAUAUAGACAAAAAUAACAUUGAAGAAUUAAAAAGUAUAAUAGCAAACUUUAUUUAGUUUUUAGGUUGGAUACCGAGAGGAUUUCUUUCCCCAAAGUUAAAGGUCAGCUCUCAAGGAUUAAACCCUCGGUAUAUAAUUUGUUACGAUAAAUUAAAGAUCAUUGUUCAAAGGUUUUUUUUUUAACUCAUUUCUAUUUAUUGGAAAUUAUAAAUUAAAUUACUAAGAGAAAAAUAUUGAGAAAAAAGGAAAAAGAUAGGUAACUAAUAACUGCAUUUCCUGAGUUUGAACUCUACUCUCUUCCCCCUCCUCUCACUUUCUUUGUUAAUAGAUUUUGUAGCAAUGAAAGUUAACCAAUCUUUCAGUUUAAAGUAUGUUGGUGAGGUUCAGGUUUCUUUAGAAGAACAUUUUUGUCACAACAGCAAGUCUAGUCCACUUUGUCCUGUUAAUUUGCAUGCCCAAUGAUUGAAAUUGCUUUUAUAUUGUUCAAACCUGGGAGGUACAUAUAUCCCUGAAAUCCAGUCAAGCCACCUUAAAGUGAGAGCAUUCAACAACGACAGAUAGGUAGACCUUUUCCUUACUAAAAACUUCUUUUAAAUAUUUUUUACACUCGCAGACCAGUUUACAAAGACACAGCACUUUGCGGCCAAAGAGGAGGAUUUGCCAGGUACUAUUAUGUGCAAUGUGCCAUAUAAUUACUGAAUAUAUUUUUUUCUAGAAUGAGGUUAUUAAUGCUGAUUUUAACUACUCUGAUGUUUAUAUAAGCAUUGGAAUGGAAAAGGAUCUUUAUUGUGCCUGUCAUUCAUUUAUAUUCAAAGAUAAUAAAGUGGGAAUUCAAAAUAAAAAUUAAGCACUUCAAACCUCAAGACCUUCAUUGAUCUCUCCAUAGAGUUUGGCUCAAAUUUUCAAUCUUUGUUAACAUUCAGAGAGAAUUGUAACACACAUGAGAGGACGCAGAGGAUUUUUACUGGAAGUACAGCACCAUGCAGAGUUAUAAGCUUUGUGGGCACUUAAUCCCAUUUAUUAUUCUCUCAAAAUAUUUCCCCAAUUCUGAUUGGGUAUAAUUGGGCAUAAUUCAUCAUAACUAGUUACUGAUGACCAAAUUUGGAAGAAUUUUGUGUUUAACGAGGAAAUGACGUCAAAAGUGCAGCACUCUACAGGUUAAUGGGCCGUUAACCGAGAGGGCCUGGGGACGAGGUUGAGUUGUUUUCGUUGUCAAAACUAAAAUCGCUGACACUUCACUCGUUCAAGAGUAAGAACAGCUGGAACUAGGCGAAAUAAUGGCUAAAAACAUAGCAAAAACAGCAACAAGACAACUCGGAGGGCAACAUCUGCUAUUUGGAGAAUAUUUACGGAGCUGGACAAAUCUAAACGUAAACUAUCAAAGAUAAACUUAACAUCGAUGCAGGUACGCAUGUUUUAGCUAUGUUUUAAACUAGGAAUUAUUUUGAAUGAAUAAUAAAGCAAUUAAUGAAUUCGGCUUUCGUAGGAUAUGAAGAAUUAAGCAGAUCUCGGAGGGUAACACCCUCCUCGAUCUGCUUAAAGGGACGCGAUCACGGUUAUGCGCAUGCGCGCCGUUUAUCUCUUUAGAAUAAAUUUGUUGGGUCAACACAAUUCGAAAUCGCCAUUACCGGUACAAUCAUUGAAAAUCCUUCGUUUUAUUCCGACAUCCGUCGCUUUGGCUGGCCUAGUUAUACUUCGGUAGUGGUGAUUAACGUGUGGUUGUGUUGUUUGACUAGUUACGUUUUAAGAAGACGCAAAAAAUAAUGUUUUGAUCAUGGAGGUUCAGAAGAGCAUCGUGGCCGUCCGGCAACAGGACGUUCUCACGAGUCUUUGGAAAUAGAGAAGCUUAACCGAUCGAUCUGGUAUGGUUCUAGGAGUAGUGUGUGGCUUACGAAAAGAAUACACGACACUUGGAAAGUGGUUAAAGGCAUGAGUUCGUUCAACUUUGAUUUGAUUUUUGACUCUGACCUGUAGUUAUACCACAACAGGCUGCGCGAUAUUCACCGAUCUGGUACACUUGAAAUGUUCCUUGUGUCUUUGCUUACGAUCGUAUAUGUUUAAGAAUUGAUGUUUUAAAAUAAAUUAUUGCCUGAAUAUUCUGUUUAUAAUCUAGUUUCUUUAGGUGUUCUACCCGAUAACGUUUGUUUUGCAGAACACUGACCCGAUGCAAUGCGAAUGAAUUUGUUCAUUUGCUGAUAAGCAAUUGAAAUUUAUGCUCAAUUAAGGAUAAUCUUUAUACUCAUACGUUGUGUGUUUUUGUCACCGGUCAGGCGCUAUGUGUGGGUAUGUCUGGGUUUAUUUAAGGCGAACUGAGAGAACAGUAAAAUGUUUGUUUACAAAUUUUGUUUGCCGAUCGGUGACUGCUUUGUUAGCGUGGGUACGACCUCGUAAAAAUACACGUUGGUAAAUGUUUGUUUCAAAGCAGGACAGGGCUGUAAAUCUUAUUCUUAUCGGCUGCAACAUAUAUCUGAGGAGUAGCAAAGAAUAAACUUGAAUUAUGGGGAUAUAUAAAAUCAAACCAAAUGCCCGGAAAUACUCUCGCGUCGCGAACAAUGAAUUUGAAUUUUGUAAAUUUACUUGCGUGCAUCUAACUCGGUUCCGAUUGGUUUAAAAACAAUCAGCUACUGUCAGAACUCGCAUGCGCAUUAUCGUGAACCAGUCCCUUUAAUUCUUCAUAUCCUACUCAGCCACAUUCAUUAAUUGCUAAUUAAUGUUUCACGCUCCAUGAAAGUGCUAACAUUUCUGUGUCACGGCGAGACUUUUCAAUGUAUUAAAUUUCAGCAUACAUUGCAAGAUAAUCUAAAUUUCGCGCCAGAAUAAUUUUGUUUGCGAGCUUUUAAAGUAUAGAGUCAUUCGGUUCCCUACAAGGCCCGCGUUGUUUUAACCGGAAUACAUUGCCUUACCGAGGAUCUGGCAUUUCACCUCCUCGUAGUUUCUUUUUCUCGGGAAUUGUUCAUAUUUGGACGUUGUUAGAAUAGAUCAGAAUGCAUGGUGGAUGUUCCCAACAACUAAUGCAUGCGGCCUAAUAUCAAUGAAGGAUGCUGGAUUUUUCUCACAGUUAGCGAGCGGAAGGGAAAAAAAACCGACUACUCUGAGGUAAGAUUGAAAGUUUUGAUUAGUUUCUCGGCGAAAACGCCCGUUCCCCGUGAAGAAAUUUAUAUCGCUGCGACUUUAUUAUGAUGUGACGCUAGCGUGUGCUCAGUAAUACCUUAAACCACUAUAUGACUCCAUAAAUUCGAUUCGCUUUUUCGCAGAUCAGUAACUUUCGAUAAAGUUCUCUUCGUUUUGUGAAGUGUGAUUUAUUUCUAAACCCUUUACGGACGGUGCCUUGUUCAAUGGUUCAUUUGUUUGGCCUCGACGAUUCCCGUGAACUUUGAGCUGCCAGACCUAACAAAUGCUCUAGAGCUGAAUAGCACAUUAAGUUCCUAUGGUAUUAACCUCUUGUGAGAAAAAUCCUUGUAAUUGCCAACGAGGCAAACGAGCUAAGAAGCGAGGUUGCCUCGGCGGCAGAAUUAUAACGCCGCGCAAUGUAGGCAAAAACUCUCAAAUUCUGCGUAACCCUCUAAAAUUUGCAUUUUUGACCAAAUUUGGGUGUAAGUAAGACCUCGUAUUUGGGUAGUGAGGUCAUGGUCUUGUAUUUACAACUCGUGGUCCGAAAUUGGGUGAUUCAGUGUGCAGCUGUUCGUUGUCUGUUUAAGACGACCUAACGAACGUCUUGUAAAAGGUAAGAGGCAUGUGGGAAAGAAAGCUCUGCUAGCACACGGCACUUUAUCGCACUUUUACGAUCUCAAGAGUUAAUCUGAAUCUUCAGUAUUUUUGCCUCAUCGAAAUUUGGAAGUCUGAAGUCCAGGGAUGAAAUCUACCCAAAAUAUUUGGAAUAUUAACGUCAGUUUUUGGUCACAAUAAGAUCACAAGCAACGAACCUUGAAACACAGAAACUCACAAAACGGAUCGAAAUCCACCGAUCACAAAUCACGAACAAUGACCUUUUGAACCCGUUGAAGAAAACUUUUGUUUCCUAAGAGGUCCGCUAAGAUGAUUGGCGUCUGACAUUUUUUUUGACGAGAGGAUCGAAAUGCACUAAUCAUAGAAAGACAGUUUUAAUUGCAUGUUUCCUAAGAGGUCAUCUGAAUUUGCUGUUUUAUGUCCAUUUUCUUUUCCUUAUUUUGUGAUUGGUCGAUUUUGUUAGGUCGAGUGGAUAAUUCAAUGAGGGACGAUUUGGAUAUCGUUUGAUGCGAAAUUUUUCGAAGCAGCAGUAAGAAGCAGUUUGGAUAACGUUUGGCCGCGGCGUUUCGAGGAACGUGUUAAUACAUUGUUCAAUCAUGUUAUCCCGGGUUAAACUUACAAAUGCACACACUGUUCGCGGUAGGCCCACACUAAAAAAUAACACUGAGUGUUUUCGGAAUGGGCUGGUCCGCGAACUCAAAGAAAAACAAAGGAAAUUAUCAAGACAUUCAAUGACAUCAAAGACUCAUGGACCCCAUAGACGUAAUAUCAAAUCGGAAUAUCAGGAGUGUACGUGUAAAAUGGAUAAGAGUUUGAACAGAGGAAUGUUUAACAAGUUUGCAGGGCUUCAAGUGUCCCUAUAUUUCCUAUAUUUCCUAUAUUUUUAAACUUUCCCUAUAUUUCCCUGUUUAGUCUGUAAAUGCCCUAUAAUCCCUAUAAUUCCAUCAGAAAAUAAAAAUAGACUGAAGUUCAUGAACUUCUGUUGGGGGAAUGUGACAAAGACAGUGAAUUUUUCGGACCAUCCAAGACAAACUGGAAAUAAGUUUAUUAUUAGUGCAUGUAAGUGUACUUAAUUUGAUGCUGCUGUGAUCAUGAGCAGUGAUUCUUUAUUCAGAUACUGUUCAGAUCUUAGAAGGAGUAUGUAUGCGGCAACUUUGGGUGCACUCGUUUUUCAAAUGGAAGGGGAUCGAUCAAUAAUUGGUAGCUUUUAAAGUAGCCAGUAGGAAAAUAAGAAUUUCCAAUCUGUGAUGACGUAUCUCUAAUAAUGUGCAAGGUUAAAACUCAGUCUGACAGAACGACUGUACCAUUCUCAAGACUAAUGUUGCUCCUUUAAUUGCAACGGAAGACAAAACCAAUGCUGCAAAUGAUAAGGUUCACGAAGAGAACCAGAACCGUGGUCUUGCCUGAUCAGAAAGUGGCACUUUUGAUUAACCGAAUAUUCGCAAGCAAAAGGAAUUACAUAUAGAGACACUGUGCUCCACUCCAAAGAUUCGCCUUAUCCACGAAAAAGUCGUCGAGUACAAUUCUCCGUACUUGGUUUGUUGGUGUAGCUUCGAGUUUAAGCUAUAAUUCCUUCUUUUAAGUUUGGAUCUGUAGAUCACUCUUCAUGAGAAUUCUACAUCUUGUAAGAAUCUCUAAAACUCUGGGCCCAGCCCAACAAAACAUAGCAGGGAGUCAUUGCUUAAAGGGACAAAACAACUCUUCAUUCAAGCAUUUUGGAGCAAACUAUAGAAACUAAACCUUUAUCAAAAGGUUAUUGAGUUGCAUUAUCAAGGUUAACGUUCAGAAACAAAAACCACCAGAAAUCAGUAGGUUUAAAACAAACCAGCUUCAGGCUCUCUCAAUGUGAGAAAAACUCCACAGCAUGAGCUACCCGCCAGGAAAUAAAAAGGGGUUUAAACAUGAGGUUAAAGUUGUAUAGGCAUACCAAUUUCACUGUUUCACCUAGAAAGAAUUCUAACAAUUGCAAAACACAAUAACGGCAUUUUCACCGUACUUCUUUAGGGUCAGUGUGUGUAUUAAUCUAGGAACAUUUUUUUGCGUGCUCAAAGUUAGUGACCUUAUUCUCUACUAGUGUUCACGAUGUUGGACUAAAAUGUAUUGUGUUCCUUACCUUCUGCGGAGUUGCAAAACUGGCACUGGAUAAAAUACGCUUUAAAAAAUCCCUAUAUUUUCCUUAUUAUUUUACCAUUUUCCCUAUAUUGGCCCUAUAUUUUUGAAAAAUUGCCACUAUAUUAAGCCCUAUAUUUUUGCUUAAGGCCACUUGAAGCCCUGAGUUUGAGAGUCGCAAGAUUUGUGUAGCUGGUUAUCAGUGUGACAAUGGGGAGUUUAAGAUACGGCGACUACGGACUACGACUACGGAUAAACAUGCUACUGCGCAUGAUCAAAACCACGUGACUGUUCAUUUUUCCCGCGUAGUCCUGCGGCUACGGUGAGUUGUUGAGCUGUUCCGCGUAGUCGCGACUACGGAGAACAUUUUGCUCGUAUUUUGCCGUCCGGUAACUCAAGAAUCUCAUCUUUUCGUAAAAACGUUUUCAAUUCACCUGCUUUAAGUGAUAGGGAAGCGAAAUAUGUAAGUUGUGUCUAAUUUCUGCUCAGAUUUACGCUUUUAAUCGACUGUUGUGAUUCAAAUCUUUCUAGCUAAGCUCAUAUUAAGCUCAGAUGUUUAUACGCAGAAUUCAGAUUGACGGCGUAGGAGAAGAGAAAUCAUGCAGGUAAUUUACUUUCUCUUCGCACCUGAAAAGUUUCAAUGUUUGGUCGAAUUGAUCAUUGUGUCUUUCUUACGUGUGUAACCUUUGUUUAUGCGAGUUUUUGAAUCGCGCCAUUUGCUGAAUGAAAAUGAUGUAAACAUCUUCGAGACAAUCGAAACUCGGCAUUUCAAUACUUCAAACUACAUCAGAUCAGUAGUCGGAGAAGUCCAUCCUCUAAAUCUAAUAAAUGAGCUAUUACUAUUUCUGUCUAUAUCUUUAAUAUUUGACAUAAGUAUUCAUGGGCGAAAAAAUAAAACCUGUGUAACCAAAACUUUGUUUACCAAUUUCACCCGACGUAAUUGCUUCCUUCAAGUACGGAAGAAUUUGUUCAUUGUUCUAAAGAUAAGAUCACAUGCAAAACUGACUUGCAUUUUUGUGAACUGUGAUGAAAACAAGAAAAUAUUUGCGUGUUGUCUCCCUCUCCGCCUCUUCUCUCGUAGUCUACAGUCUGUAGUGCAAUCUUAACAUUCUACAUUUGCACGACUCAACCCAGUGCUACGAACAAAGGACAACGCCCGUCCAGCCGUAGUUCGUAGUCCGUAGUCUCCGUAUCUUAAACUCCCUAAUAGUGAUUGUGGAACACAACGAGUUGCCCGUGAUAAAAAUCUGUUCCCAUGAAGGAAGAGACGAUUGGCAACAAUUGAAAUCAAAAGGACUGAGGCUUCUUUUGGAACUAUUGUGAUAACUGCAACAAUUCUUUUUAUUAUUUCAAUUUUGUUUAGCAGGGUGACGGUUAAUGUGCUUGUUUUUGUAUUGCGUGAUGUGUUUUUUCAUCUAAUUGUGUAUAUUGUGACGCGGUACAUGUACGAUGCUGUGCGUUGGGAUUUUGCAUUAUCAGCAAGUUUUGUGUUAGCGUGUUUUAAUGGCAGCGAGGUGACGAUAAGAGAAGGUAGCUAGUUGUACAGAAGGAAAAUUGUGUUGUGGAGGAAAUAAAAGAGGUUGAAUUGAGAUCUCCUCGUGGGAAAUUUAUUUAUAGCAGAACUUACAAUUCCAUUAGUUUAGAUCAGGUUAGUCAAUUAUAUUUUCGGCAAGACAAAUUACCAUAAAAUCGAGAUUGUAAUUCGAAACUCGCGUUGUUUUCAAAAUUUGCAUAAAGCGGGCGCUGCAAAGAAACAUUUAGGUUACAAGCACUUCGAAAUACUGUACCUUCAAAACGGCAUAGCUUUUACUUGCUUUGCUAUAUCUUUCAAAACCAUCGAUCGAUUCUAGCUCAAAAACUCUCAAAGCGGCAGUUUAAAUGUUAAAGCCCGUGGCUGGUUGAAAUCGUCUCUUGUUUGUUUUCAAACGAUUCAGGAUGGAUCGAAUCGACUUUGGAUCGAUUAUUAUUUUAUCAGCUUGUGGUAUGAACGAAACGUUUUUCUUCUCGAUAAAGUUCACUCAACAAAUUUGGAAAGAUUUACUUGACUUUUCAUAUGUGGAACGAACUGACUAUUUAUGGUACGAUCUGACCAUGGAACGAAAUGACCGGUUACCGUCAUGCACCUAGCAGACUACCGAUGAACAAAUUAAAAUCUUUGUUCAGAAAACACGGAAAGUGACACUUUCGGUACGGAAGAGUAUUCGGAAAAAUACACCAUUGUCGUCUGAAAUUCAUUGUAAUGUUAAAAAUAGAAAAGGUUUAAACUUAAACAGGUACAGAAGUAACUGUAACAAUGAGACAUCCAAAUAGGCUUUUAAGUAAGAAUUUGCCCCUCUGUUCAUGCAAUUAUCCAUGUUAUAGUGCUUACAACCGUUUGAAUCACCGGGUUAAUUUUGGCCAAUUUAAGCUUUGUAAUGAUAUAGAGAUGAAUCCAGGACCUUCAGUUUAUGUAGAUGCUACAAAAACAAUUAAUGCUCCAUACUGUCAUUGUUUUCGGAAUGGGCUGGUCCGCGAACUCAAAGAAAAACAAAGGAAAUUAUCAAGACAUUCAAUGACAUCAAAGACUCAUGGACCCCAUAGACGUAAUAUCAAAUCGGAAUAUCAGGAGUGUACGUGUAAAAUGGAUAAGAGUUUGAACAGAGGAAUGUUUAACAAGUUUGCAGGGCUUCAAGUGUCCCUAUAUUUCCUAUAUUUCCUAUAUUUUUAAACUUUCCCUAUAUUUCCCUGUUUAGUCUGUAAAUGCCCUAUAAUCCCUAUAAUUCCAUCAGAAAAUAAAAAUAGACUGAAGUUCAUGAACUUCUGUUGGGGGAAUGUGACAAAGACAGUGAAUUUUUCGGACCAUCCAAGACAAACUGGAAAUAAGUUUAUUAUUAGUGCAUGUAAGUGUACUUAAUUUGAUGCUGCUGUGAUCAUGAGCAGUGAUUCUUUAUUCAGAUACUGUUCAGAUCUUAGAAGGAGUAUGUAUGCGGCAACUUUGGGUGCACUCGUUUUUCAAAUGGAAGGGGAUCGAUCAAUAAUUGGUAGCUUUUAAAGUAGCCAGUAGGAAAAUAAGAAUUUCCAAUCUGUGAUGACGUAUCUCUAAUAAUGUGCAAGGUUAAAACUCAGUCUGACAGAACGACUGUACCAUUCUCAAGACUAAUGUUGCUCCUUUAAUUGCAACGGAAGACAAAACCAAUGCUGCAAAUGAUAAGGUUCACGAAGAGAACCAGAACCGUGGUCUUGCCUGAUCAGAAAGUGGCACUUUUGAUUAACCGAAUAUUCGCAAGCAAAAGGAAUUACAUAUAGAGACACUGUGCUCCACUCCAAAGAUUCGCCUUAUCCACGAAAAAGUCGUCGAGUACAAUUCUCCGUACUUGGUUUGUUGGUGUAGCUUCGAGUUUAAGCUAUAAUUCCUUCUUUUAAGUUUGGAUCUGUAGAUCACUCUUCAUGAGAAUUCUACAUCUUGUAAGAAUCUCUAAAACUCUGGGCCCAGCCCAACAAAACAUAGCAGGGAGUCAUUGCUUAAAGGGACAAAACAACUCUUCAUUCAAGCAUUUUGGAGCAAACUAUAGAAACUAAACCUUUAUCAAAAGGUUAUUGAGUUGCAUUAUCAAGGUUAACGUUCAGAAACAAAAACCACCAGAAAUCAGUAGGUUUAAAACAAACCAGCUUCAGGCUCUCUCAAUGUGAGAAAAACUCCACAGCAUGAGCUACCCGCCAGGAAAUAAAAAGGGGUUUAAACAUGAGGUUAAAGUUGUAUAGGCAUACCAAUUUCACUGUUUCACCUAGAAAGAAUUCUAACAAUUGCAAAACACAAUAACGGCAUUUUCACCGUACUUCUUUAGGGUCAGUGUGUGUAUUAAUCUAGGAACAUUUUUUUGCGUGCUCAAAGUUAGUGACCUUAUUCUCUACUAGUGUUCACGAUGUUGGACUAAAAUGUAUUGUGUUCCUUACCUUCUGCGGAGUUGCAAAACUGGCACUGGAUAAAAUACGCUUUAAAAAAUCCCUAUAUUUUCCUUAUUAUUUUACCAUUUUCCCUAUAUUGGCCCUAUAUUUUUGAAAAAUUGCCACUAUAUUAAGCCCUAUAUUUUUGCUUAAGGCCACUUGAAGCCCUGAGUUUGAGAGUCGCAAGAUUUGUGUAGCUGGUUAUCAGUGUGACAAUGGGGAGUUUAAGAUACGGCGACUACGGACUACGACUACGGAUAAACAUGCUACUGCGCAUGAUCAAAACCACGUGACUGUUCAUUUUUCCCGCGUAGUCCUGCGGCUACGGUGAGUUGUUGAGCUGUUCCGCGUAGUCGCGACUACGGAGAACAUUUUGCUCGUAUUUUGCCGUCCGGUAACUCAAGAAUCUCAUCUUUUCGUAAAAACGUUUUCAAUUCACCUGCUUUAAGUGAUAGGGAAGCGAAAUAUGUAAGUUGUGUCUAAUUUCUGCUCAGAUUUACGCUUUUAAUCGACUGUUGUGAUUCAAAUCUUUCUAGCUAAGCUCAUAUUAAGCUCAGAUGUUUAUACGCAGAAUUCAGAUUGACGGCGUAGGAGAAGAGAAAUCAUGCAGGUAAUUUACUUUCUCUUCGCACCUGAAAAGUUUCAAUGUUUGGUCGAAUUGAUCAUUGUGUCUUUCUUACGUGUGUAACCUUUGUUUAUGCGAGUUUUUGAAUCGCGCCAUUUGCUGAAUGAAAAUGAUGUAAACAUCUUCGAGACAAUCGAAACUCGGCAUUUCAAUACUUCAAACUACAUCAGAUCAGUAGUCGGAGAAGUCCAUCCUCUAAAUCUAAUAAAUGAGCUAUUACUAUUUCUGUCUAUAUCUUUAAUAUUUGACAUAAGUAUUCAUGGGCGAAAAAAUAAAACCUGUGUAACCAAAACUUUGUUUACCAAUUUCACCCGACGUAAUUGCUUCCUUCAAGUACGGAAGAAUUUGUUCAUUGUUCUAAAGAUAAGAUCACAUGCAAAACUGACUUGCAUUUUUGUGAACUGUGAUGAAAACAAGAAAAUAUUUGCGUGUUGUCUCCCUCUCCGCCUCUUCUCUCGUAGUCUACAGUCUGUAGUGCAAUCUUAACAUUCUACAUUUGCACGACUCAACCCAGUGCUACGAACAAAGGACAACGCCCGUCCAGCCGUAGUUCGUAGUCCGUAGUCUCCGUAUCUUAAACUCCCUAAUAGUGAUUGUGGAACACAACGAGUUGCCCGUGAUAAAAAUCUGUUCCCAUGAAGGAAGAGACGAUUGGCAACAAUUGAAAUCAAAAGGACUGAGGCUUCUUUUGGAACUAUUGUGAUAACUGCAACAAUUCUUUUUAUUAUUUCAAUUUUGUUUAGCAGGGUGACGGUUAAUGUGCUUGUUUUUGUAUUGCGUGAUGUGUUUUUUCAUCUAAUUGUGUAUAUUGUGACGCGGUACAUGUACGAUGCUGUGCGUUGGGAUUUUGCAUUAUCAGCAAGUUUUGUGUUAGCGUGUUUUAAUGGCAGCGAGGUGACGAUAAGAGAAGGUAGCUAGUUGUACAGAAGGAAAAUUGUGUUGUGGAGGAAAUAAAAGAGGUUGAAUUGAGAUCUCCUCGUGGGAAAUUUAUUUAUAGCAGAACUUACAAUUCCAUUAGUUUAGAUCAGGUUAGUCAAUUAUAUUUUCGGCAAGACAAAUUACCAUAAAAUCGAGAUUGUAAUUCGAAACUCGCGUUGUUUUCAAAAUUUGCAUAAAGCGGGCGCUGCAAAGAAACAUUUAGGUUACAAGCACUUCGAAAUACUGUACCUUCAAAACGGCAUAGCUUUUACUUGCUUUGCUAUAUCUUUCAAAACCAUCGAUCGAUUCUAGCUCAAAAACUCUCAAAGCGGCAGUUUAAAUGUUAAAGCCCGUGGCUGGUUGAAAUCGUCUCUUGUUUGUUUUCAAACGAUUCAGGAUGGAUCGAAUCGACUUUGGAUCGAUUAUUAUUUUAUCAGCUUGUGGUAUGAACGAAACGUUUUUCUUCUCGAUAAAGUUCACUCAACAAAUUUGGAAAGAUUUACUUGACUUUUCAUAUGUGGAACGAACUGACUAUUUAUGGUACGAUCUGACCAUGGAACGAAAUGACCGGUUACCGUCAUGCACCUAGCAGACUACCGAUGAACAAAUUAAAAUCUUUGUUCAGAAAACACGGAAAGUGACACUUUCGGUACGGAAGAGUAUUCGGAAAAAUACACCAUUGUCGUCUGAAAUUCAUUGUAAUGUUAAAAAUAGAAAAGGUUUAAACUUAAACAGGUACAGAAGUAACUGUAACAAUGAGACAUCCAAAUAGGCUUUUAAGUAAGAAUUUGCCCCUCUGUUCAUGCAAUUAUCCAUGUUAUAGUGCUUACAACCGUUUGAAUCACCGGGUUAAUUUUGGUCAAUUUAAGCUUUGUAAUGAUAUAGAGAUGAAUCCAGGACCUUCAGUUUAUGUAGAUGCUACAAAAACAAUUAAUGCUCCAUACUGUCAAGGAAAUGUUACACUAUUUGGGGAAAAUGCUGGACAACAAUGUGUCGCAAUGAGUCUGUCCUCUUUAAUUUACAGUAAGAUAACAAAGAUUACUUCAGUUGAUGAUAUGACUCAAAUAAUGAUUGUUGGUAUUCAAUUAUAUUCUAGUCUGUCACCGCUUGCAAGACAAUCUAUGUUAAUGUUAACAGAAUUGCUAGGAAUGGUUACAGUGUUUGAGCAAUUUUUCAACCUUGAAUACAGUGACAGUUAUACUUGUAACAUCCAUCACUACUGUAUCACCACUCACAGGGUACUGCAUCUGGAACACUCUUGGCACUGAAUUUCGAACUACAACUCAUUCAUUUUAACGGUGGCAAUUAUUGGUGUUGGUAUCUACUGUAAUGUUAUUGAGAGGCGAAACAGGCUAGAACACAACAGCUUUAAUCGAGCUCGUACAAGUACAAGGAGCACAUGGUAAAACAGCCCGCCCGCUCAGACUAAUGGGACAUCUAAAGCAAUUACAUCACAUCUCCCCUCUAAGUCGGAAACAAACGUUUGUUAUAUGCAAACAAAGUAAAGUUCAGAGUCUCUAAUCUUUAAAACGUUCUGGGAGUCUUAUCUCGCGACCACUUCGCGUGGUCCUCCUAGGAGUAGUAGAUGUCGGGGUCUGGAUAGGCCGGUGAUCUUAAUACUGGGCAAGGCUUGAUCAGGAACUGCACUGUCUCUCUGGUUUCCUGCUUCAGGUGGGUCUGGUAGGAGGUUCAGGUGGCGUCUAUUUCUCCUCAGCUCGCCAUUUGGGGUCUCUACUGUGUAAGACCGUGGGGUGCCAACUUUGUACAAAACUGUCCCUUCGACCCUCCGGUCCGGUAACCAAACACGUUCUCCAGGGGAAAGGUCUGAGAGGUUCUUUGCAAAGUGGCGCUUGUCAAAGUUCUUCUUUUGUCUAGCUUUGAGGGAAGCAUCUUUUUCUCGGAACUGCUCCAAGUAAUGCCAACUGGGGAUUAGCUGCGCUGGAACAGUAGGGACUUGAGUACGGAUUUUUCUUCCCAUUAACAAUUCUGCUGGGCAGAGUCCACUCUCAAGGGGUGUGGCACGGUAUGCCAAGAGAGCUUUGUAAGGAUCUUGAGCUUUCUUAAGCAGGUGUUUCACUGUUUGAACUGCGCGUUCCACUUCACCAUUCGCUUGUGGAUACCUCGGGCUGGUCGUAAUGUGGGUAAAUGCAUACUCUUCGGCGAACUGGGCGAAUGCGUUUGACGAAAACUGCGGGCCGUUAUCUGACACAAGUUGGUCCGGUAUACCAUGUCUUGCGAACAUAGAUUUCAGAUGUACCACUAUAUCCGGUGAAGUUGUACGGGUUAGCUUAGCAACUUCAACAUAACGCGAGAAGUAAUCAACAACAAGCAGAAAGGUUUGACCUUUCAGUUCAAAUAAGUCUGCGGCAAGUUUCUGCCAAGGGCGAUCGGGUAGUUCCGAUGGGAUCACUGGCUCGGGUCUGUUUACACGCUCUUUGAUGCACGUGGAACAGUUGUUCACCAGUUCCUCGAGUUGUUUGCUCAGGCCUGGCCACCAAACUGAUGUUUUGGCUCUCUCUCUGCAUUUAGUAAUGCCUUGAUGGCCCUCAUGUAACUUAUCUAGGACAUCAAGUCGCAUAGACACAGGAAUCACCAGUCGGUUGCCUUUCAUUAAUAAGCCUUGCUGCACUGUCAGGUCACCUCUCUCUUGCCAGUAGGCUUUAAGUGGAGUAGGAAGAUGGGAUUUCUCUGGCCAGCCAUCAGAACAAUAGGUGAUGAGUUGCUUAGUAACUUCAUCUUGCUGUUGCUGGGACCUCAGCUCCUCAAGUCGAUCUUCAGUAGCAGGUAAGUGCUUUAUAACUGAGUCAACAUAGGCUUUGACAUCAUCAGUCAACUUUUCUUCUUCUUGGUUCAAUGGUCUAACAAUGGGGGCUCGUGACAGAGCGUCUGCAGUGCAGAGGUCUUUACCAGGUACAUGGCUGAUAGUGUACGUGAAGCGCAUCAUUCGCAUUCUGAAUCGCUGUAUUCUGGCGGGGAGAUCCUCAAGACUCUUGGAACCGAGCAAUGACACUAAGGGCUUGUGGUCUGUUUCGAUGUGGAAUUUGAGUCCAAUCAGGUAGUCUGCAAAGCGUUCACUUGCCCAAGUUAUGCCCAAAGCUUCUUUUUCUAUCUGCGCAUAACGCUGUUCUGUGGGGCUCAUAGCUCGUGAGGCGUAUGCAACAGGGCGCCAUUGGUCAUUUUCUUGCUUCUGCAAUAAUACAGCUCCCAGGCCAUAGGAUGAUGCGUCACUUGAAAGUGUUGUUGCCCGAUGUGCAUCAUAGUGAGCUAGGGUGGGUGUAGAUGCAAGGCUCUGUUUCAGGGCUGAGAAGGCCUGCUGUUGUGCGUCACCCCAAGACCAGUGGUUUUUCGAACUCAGGAGGUCUCUCAGUGGUUUAGAAAGCUCUGCUAUUCGUGGCUGAUAUUUGCUCAACUGGUUAACCAUGCCUAGGAAUCUUCUUAGACCUGACUGAUCCUUGGGGGUUUCCAUCUCCAGUAUCGCUUCUACUUUCUUGGGGUUAACACGUACUCCUUCGGAAUCAAUGAUGCUGCCUAAAUACUCGACUGAAGGUUUUGAAAACUCGCACUUCUCUUCAUUCAGAGUGAGGUUAGCCUCUUGGAGCUUGUGAAGAGUUGCUUCCAGGUGUUUAUCAUGUUCUUCAGUCGUUCUGCCAAAGACUAGAAUAUCAUCCAUCUGACAAAGGGCACCAUCAGUUCCUUCCAGAACUUGUGAGAUCCGUUUUUGGAAAUGUUCAGGGGCUGAACUUAUCCCAAAGGGUAGGCGGUUGAAGCAGAUUCUCCCAAAUGGAGUGAUAAAAGUGGUAAGUUUUGCUGACUCAGGUGAUAAACCAAUUUGCCAGAAUCCUGAAUUUGCAUCCAGCUUGCUAAACACGGUCGCUCCAGAUAGUUGGGCUAGGGUGUGGUCUACACUAGGCAGCGGGUGGAACUCCCUCAGGAUGCUCUCAUUGAGGUUUGUUACAUCAACACAGAUGCGUACUUUCCCAUUAGCUUUUGGUACAACUACCAUUCCAGCACACCAUUCAGUUGGUUCAUCUACCUUGGAAAUGAUUUGCAUUUGUUCCAUCCGGGAAAGUUCUUCUUUGACCUUUGUAAGAAGGGGUACGGGAACUCUCCUGGGAGUACUGAGUGCGAAUGGUUUGGCCUCGGGUUUCAGCUUUAUGACGUAGUCAGGACCUCGAAGUUUUCCAAGUCCAGUGAAAAGUCCUGGAAACUUUGCAUUGAGGUUUGUGGCUUCCACAGCAUCAACCUUUUGUACUAUGGCAAGAGUUUCUAUAGCUGGACGACCAAGCAGGGCGUUGCGGGCACCGUUCACUACAAAUAUCUCCUGCUCCGUUGUUUUGUCUCCUUUCUGGAUUUUUCCCACAAAACAUCCACGCACAGGGAGUGAAGUAUGAGCUGGACCAAACAAUGUCUUGCUUGAUUUUACGAGGGUUGGAGUCGGUCGUAGCGCUUCGUAGAUCUUAUCAGGGAUUACGGUCACGUCAGCUCCAGUGUCAAUCUUGAAGCGAACUUCUGCGUUAUUAAGCAUUAGAUCUACUGACCAAAAGGUGUUGUUCGUUUCAGUUCCUAUUUCACCAAGAAACAAAUUUUCAUCUUCUUCCACUUCGCCAACCGUUUUGGACGAUUUACAGACAGUUUCCCAGUGGCCUCUCUUUGAGCACUUGAAACAAGUUGCGUCUUUAGCUGGGCAGUUCGCUCGCUUGUGAGGCGGGAGAUUUCCGCAGCGUUCGCAGCGUGUCGAAGAAGGCUGAGAAGGCGGUUUCUUUAGCGGUGUUUUCUUAGGUUUCGGCCCAUUUUCAUCCUUGAGUUUCGGAGGGUUCUUUCGUGUUACCUUGACCGCGUCGACGUUUUUCUUUACAUCUUCAGAAUCCUUGAAGUCGUUUCUCAAAAGGGCUUGUUGCUUCUUUACAGCUUCGCUUUGUCGAGCAUGAUUGAUCGCUUUAGCCAGAGAUAAUUCCGGGUCAAGUUGGAGUUUCUCCGAUAAUUUUGAGUCUUGAAGGCCCACCACAAUUCGGUCUCGGAUCAUCUCGUCCUUUAGGGUUCCGUAAUCGCAGUAUUCAGCGAGUGCGUGCAGCGCUGUAAUAAAUGUGUCAACAGUCUCGCCAUCUUCUUGGCGGCGCCGAUUGAACUUUGCUCGCUCAAAAAUAACAUUUCGGCGAACCACAAAGUGUUCAUCAAACUUCGUUUUAACGGUGUGAUAUUGUUUCUGCUGCGACGUGGAAAGUUUGAAGGAGGUCAAAAUAUCGUCUGCUUGAUCUCCCAUAGCGUAGAUCAGCGUGUUUAUUUGGCUCUCUUCUUCUUCUUUCGCCAGGCCAGACGCUUGGCGGAAACGUUCAAAUCUUCGGCUCCAUUUCGGCCACUCUUCUUGACGACUGAAAUCAAACUUUUCCGGUAGCUGGACUCGGAAAGAUGUCAUGGUUCGUCGAUCCCGCUUCUGACACCAUGUAAUGUUAUUGAGAGGCGAAACAGGCUAGAACACAACAGCUUUAAUCGAGCUCGUACAAGUACAAGGAGCACAUGGUAAAACAGCCCGCCCGCUCAGACUAAUGGGACAUCUAAAGCGAUUACAUCACGUCUACAGCAUUGAGGCUGGGGGAUAUAAUGUAUUUGAUUCUCAUGCUAGAGAUAUGUAUCAUAACAGUCAUAGUGAAAAGACAUGUGUAUUGUUGGAAAUACCAUCCAUGCAUAAAUUAGUAAAAUAUUUUCAGACUCUACAUAGGAAUGAGGAUGUAUAUGAACUUAAAGGUGUACAUAUUGCCACCUUUGAACCUCAUCUUUUCUCAAGCAAUGUUGAACAUUGUAGUAUAUCAAAUGUUAAUAGUUACCAAUGUUCCUGGAAACAGAGCUGCCCUAUAUGUUUAUGCAAUGUGUUUAUGCAUAUAUGUUUAUAUGUUUAUGCAAUGUGUUACUCUCUUAUUAAUCCUUGUGGAUACUGGACUUAAGGAACUUUAUUUGCCCUUGUUAGUAACCGGAAUACACUGUACAAUGUGAUGGUUGUGAAAACACAUCUGUCAGUAUCAGUGGAGCUUAGAUAAACCUUACUCUCCGGGCUGUAACCACUUAUGUCCUAUGUUGCAAUUUGGCUCCAAGCAUGUCUGCAUUGAGGAUGUGCAUAUUUUCAAACAUUGUCAAACACUAUUUUUGUUGUGGAUUGGGACAUACUUUAUAAGCUGUGUGGUUCAGCAAACAAGUGGAGUAAAGGAUUUGUCUUCUCUGGUAAGAUAUGAUGACAGUUCUUUAGCUGCAAUAAGGCAUGUUCAAACUAUCAUACCCCUAGUACGACCACGCCCAAAUAUACGCUCCCACAGCGUCUUGUUCUUAUGUAUAUCACCACGCGAAAUAUUUUUCUUAUGCACGAUGAAGCUGUUGCUCGAACUUUAAUAAUCGUUUUUAAUUUCAGCAGUCAAAGGCCUCAUUUGAACUAUAUUUUUCUUUCUAACGUUUAUAGUUUUGAUACAAUUAAUGGAAUUUUCCAUGAAACACAAGUGCUAACUUGCUCAUAUUUACCAACAAAGCUUCAAGCCAUGUUGUUGUUGUUUAAUGAAAGUGAAAGCCUAGAAUGUGCCAAAGUUGUUGUUUGGAAGUUGGGUGCCAUCCUUUUCUAUAGCGGAAUCCAUUUUAAACCACUAAAAUUAUGAAAGAAAUCGCGGAGAUCUCAAUAGGCACAUUCCACCAAAAAUAAACGAAUUCGCCUCAUUGGCACCUUCCGGAAGGUACCCCUAGUUUAACAUUUUAAUAUUCUACGUGAGAAAACUUGGCCAAAUCUAGAGCCGGAAUUAGUAGAAUGUUGACACACAAGCGUAAAGAAUGAUUAAGCUAUGGGAGAGGUGCUAGAUCGCAAUAUGUUCGUGUUCCCCUGUGCGUGUAUUUUUCGCGGAAAGUCAGACCUUUUCAAUCCUAACUAAAAUACUCUUCUAGUUUUGAACCGGCUUAGGUCCCAAUCCUGAGUUAAUUUUCAAUGGACACGAAGCUUGAUUUUGGGCGCGAGGUUCAACAGAGACGGCUGUGGCCAUUAUUUGAAGCGCAAGACGAUCACAAGCUUUUUUAAAACUGUCAGUGAGAAAGUAAUUCUCCUGUUCCUAGUCUAGAUCUAACUUCCUUUUCGAACUGGCGGACGGCGCGUCCCAUACAGUUCGGUGUAACAUAUCCUACUCCAGUUUCCAGUCUAAACUAACUUCCUUUUCGAACUGGCGGACGGCGCGUCCUAUACAGUUCGGUGUAACAUAUUCUACUCCUGUUCCUAGUUUAAAACUAACUUCCUUUUUCGACCUGGUGGACGGCGCGUCCCAUACAGUUCGAUGCAACAUAUUCUACUCAUGUUGCCUGUUUAAAACUAACUUCUUUCAAUUUUCUGGCUGGUGGACGGUCCGUCAGGAAUUUUAUUGUAUCAAUACUGACUCGUGCGAUUUUCAUGCCGGGUUCAUCUUCGAUAGUACACAUUUAAGGUUGUUCAUCGAUGCGGCGUUAAAACAUCGCAUCGAUGGAGGUAAACAUGUUUUAGCUAUGUUUUUAAACUAGGAAUUAUUUUGAAUGAGUAAUAAAACAAUUAUUGAAUUCGGCUUUCGUAUCAUAUAAAGAAUUACUUCAUCUCCGAUAGUGCACGUUUAGCGUUGUUCAGCUCCGGAAAUAUUCUCCAGAUAGCAGAUGUCACCCUUCGAGUUGUCAUUUUGCUUUUCUUGCCAUGUUUUUAGCCAUUAUUUCGCCUAGUUCUUACUCUUGAAACGAGUGAAAUGUCCGCCAUUUUUGUUUUCACAACCAAAACAACUCAACCUCGUCCACAGGUCUUCUCGGUUAACGGUGCAUUAACCAGCAAGGAAGCUGCACUUUUGACGUCAUCGGUUGAUUAAUCGCAAAAUUCUUCCAAAUUUGGUUAUCAGUAGCUGGUUAAGGUGAAUUAUGCGUAUGCUUUUAGCUAAUCAGAAUAGAGGAAAUGUUUUGAAUGAAAAAUAAAUAAAAUUAAGGGCCUAUUUACGUGAUAGGUGAGUUGACCAUUAGCCUCCCCAGAGGUGUUUUUAGGGGAGCUCGUCUUUCAUCCCUCCCCACAAACGCCUGCUCAACCGAAGACAACAUUCCUUUCCUACGCUUAGCUGAUCACAUUGUACUUUCCAAAUUCUGGAACGUUUACAUUGACCGCAGGGUAAUCUGAUAAUUACUCGAUCAGCAUGAAACACUGGGAAAACUUUCUGACCUCUAAUAAAUGUUAGAUUCAGAGCGGCAAGAGUAAGAUUUAAUCAAAUUUUAGAAUACUCCAUGCACUGCAUAACCUUAGCGAAGGAAUGAAAAGAAGGAAAACGGUAACUCUAGGGUCACGUUUUAGUGGUGUUUAGGCUGUCAACACUUUAUUUCACAGCUGUUGAUUGGUCACUUACCACGCAAAUAAGACAAUGGGUAAGGAAUUUGUUUUCGGUUGAGCAGGCGUUUGUGUACCCUGGGUACCAGAGGUUUUUCUCGCGUGCGGCGGCAAUUUUCGGUGUUGGCCGAAGGCCGAAGCCGCGAGGUCACUAUAAAGACUUGACAGAAACUGGAGACCGCACUAGAACAGUCUCUGGCACCCAGGGUAGCGUUUGUGGGGAGAGAUGAAAGACAAGCUCCCCUAAAAACGCCUGUGUGGGAGGGUAUAAUAAUGGUCACAAUUCUUGAAACACUUGUGUGAUUUUCACCUUUCCCAAUGUUGAUUUGGGCAUUGCAGUCAUCCCAGUGCUCCAAAAUACGCGUGGCUGAACAUUGGGGAAGGAGAGGGGCACAUUUGAGUGAGAACAAAGGUGUGAAGAGUGAAUGUAAGAUAUUUGGAGAAAAUUCAAGAAAAAUGGCUUCUGUUUCAACGAUUUGUGACGAGUAUUGUAGGUGACCAUAUGUGAAAUUAUAUUAUGACAGGUGGUUACCCCACCGAAGCGGGUCACCUCACCUACCUAGCGUCCCGCUUCUCCAUGUAAACAGGCCCUUAGCUAAUUAAAGCUAAUGACAAAAAAAAACAAUACCAAUAAUAAGAAUAAUAAUAUUACUAAUAAAUAACAAUACAGGGUGCCUGCUUUCCCUGAAUCCCGUGCAAAAUGGUUAUCGUCCAUAUUUUUAAAGGAAAUCAAUUGCACCCGAAUUUAAAGUAGGAAAGAGUUCGCGCUUGUGGCAGCUCGACAGGCAAUCUAUUCCACAGCACUGGACCUUUAAGAUUGAAACACUUUUUGACAUAAUUGUUACGGGGCAGUGGAAUAGCUAGCUUGCGUGUCCUCGGAAUCCCGACUAAGAACAAAAUAGAGAUUUCAUUACGAUAGGAAGACAAAGAAUGCAAAUAUUGCGGGGGGAGGGGGGGGUCAUCUAAACACUUGUAUACCAUAGCCGCACUUUGAAUUUUCCGUUGAGUCUCCAGCUUUUUCUAGCCCAAAGAUAUGAAAAGAUCGUCAUCGGUGGUAUAAUAAGGAGAGAAGGUCAAGAAAGGGGCGGCGAGGGUUUUGAAGUUUUUGUGUUUCAGUUGCAAGGGAUUUAUUACAACUCCUUCAAUAAUGGUUGCAGCAAGGCGCUAUUUACAUGUAUAGUUAACAGUACUGACUUCAAAUAUAACGAAUGGUCUAGUUUUCUUCAAGACAUCAAUGCCAGAAGCAAUGUUUUUUGUGUCUUUAUCAAUAAAUAUGCAUAUUUCAUAACAAAUUCUCAUUAAUAUAAACACCAAGAGAUUUGGUACAUACAACUUGAGUUAUAGAGACAUUAUUUGACUGAUAGCCUUUAACCUUUGCCCAGACCCAAAUAACAUGAACUCUGUUUUUGACUUACUUAGAGUGAGAUUAUUAGCAAUAAAGCCACCCAGUUACGAGUACGUUACGUCACUGGUGACGUCACUUCGUAUCGUGUUCUGUAUACUGAUAUCACUGGUGACGCCACUCUUUGGUUUGAUAAUUCGAUACGAAGUGACGUCACCGGUGACUUGGUAUAUAGUGCACCAGCCACGUGCCACAUCGCAUUACUACGGACAAAAGUUUCGUGCGCAUUGUCUGCAAAAAUCCAGCCGAAAUGUUAGCCAUUUAAGGGAGCAGCAUAUCAUAUCACCUUCUACGGUUCUACUUCUGUGGGGGAAGAAUAAUAGAAAAGAUCAUUAAUUAAUCGUGAGAAAAUACAAUACAUGGCAUUUGCCAGUGUUUGUCGCGUGAAUCGCCCCCGUUGUGUUGUGAAAACGCAGUGUUUAUAAAUCUCUGGUUCUCCCUGGCUCGCUUUCACCGCCCAGCUGCCAGUUUGGAUUAAGGUAUAUACACUGUAGCUCUGUUAAAGGAAAGAGGCGAGCUAGGAGUUUGCUAGGAGUUAGGAGAAAGUCAAAGAGGACAUUCACAAUAAAGGUAUUUUUCUUCACACUGUCCUUUUCUUAUUCCUUAUGGUGAAGACGGGGCAAAUUUUUUUAUUUCAAAAAAGGAAGGCUUUUUACUCACGUUUAAUAGAUGAUCAUUUUCGUUAUUCUCCCGAACAGAAGUAGGAUCAUAAAAGGUGGAAUGAUCAGUUGCAUGCUCACUAGCCGGUUCACAGACCCCCUAGCAGGCGUGAUAACAUAAAAACAGCGGGGGAAUUAAAUGACCGUUAGCGCAAGGGGUUAAGGCUGGGGGAAGAAGAAAAGAUUUUUUCUUUCUCGCCUUCCGCCCUCGUUGUUGCGCUUUGCGCUCGCUCUCGCGUUCUCGACGAUUGUCGAAAAGAAAAACGAAGAAAUGUCUGUGUACGGGCUACAAGCUCACUGCAAGGGCUUAUAUUUUGUUCGUUUAGUUUUACUCUUUAAGUGCUCUCACCUACCUAAAUUUGUGAAUCUUAUGAAAUUACAAAUGAGUAAUCCCUUUAAAAAUUAUUGUCAACAGAUUCAUUACUCCUUGAAGAGAGCCAGAAACAGCUGCGAUCUAUUUAUAACACUAUCAAUAAAGUAAAAAUCGUUCCGUGGGACCAAAGCUCCGCCGUUCAUAUUGAUGACGUGUACACAAAGCUCUCUUGGCUUAAGGACAAAAAGAAGCCUGGAGGAUUAAAACAACGGAAACUUGACCACUACACGGAUAUUUUUGGAAGUGGAAAACUUCAUCCUACACCAAAGCGCAUUUUGGUACACGGGCGACCAGGCAUUGGCAAGACUGUUUUUACACAAAAAGCUACAUUUGACUGGUCCCAGCACAGAUUUGGAGGAAAAUUAGGAAGAUUUGAUCUCGUACUUCUGGUCAAGUUACGCGAUGUUUGCAAUCUACAAGACGUUCCAGCCAUUCUACGGGCUGCUCAACUUCUUGCGAGUGACGACCGAGUUUCCACUGACAACCUGUAUGAUUAUGUUCGCCGCCACCAAGAAAAAGUCUUGCUAAUUUUGGACGGUUAUGAUGAAUACGUACACAUUGCAGGAGACCAGUCACCCAUUCGUCAAAUUUGGGAAAAAAAACAGUUAAGAGAUUGCUGUGUUGUAAUAACGUCCAGAGAUAUGAAGGCAGAGGGCUUAAAACAAUUCAGUGACGCUCAAUUUGAAAUACAUGGCUUCGACCGAAGGCGACAAAAAGAGUUCGCCCUUAGAUUUUUGAAAGAUGAUCAAGAUGUCAAAAAGUUUUUUAAAUACUUGGAGCAACAAGACCUGAAAGAAGUGGCAAAAGUGCCUCUUCUGCUCCUGAUGCUUUGCUUAGUUUGGAAGGAGAAAGACUUUGAAGGACUACCAUCAUCACGGGCCAUGAUAUUUUUUCAAUUUAUUCAGACUUUGCUCAAUCACUUAUCAGAAAAAGAAGCUCCCGCAGUACCAUUUAGACAAGUAGACGAAUACAAAGACGAACUCUGUAAAGUAGGAGAAAUAGCCUUUGACUCUCUUAUACAGGACUGUGUUUGUUUUCCCAUCAAUGAGUUGCCAGAUCACGUUUUAACUAAUAAACUGAUUGAUGUUGGAUUGUUUCAGUUACUUAACAUAUCUGCUCUGAACCCUUCCAAAGGUGUGUACUUCAUUCAUAAAUCCCUGCAGGAGUUUAUGGCUUCUUUGUUCCUAAAAGAUGAACUUUUAUCUCAUGGGUCUUACAGUAACUCCUUAUUCAAAGUCAACUCAAUGGAAAAGGUAUUUAAGAUGGGCGAAGUGUUGAAAUUUGCUGCCGAGAUGUCAGAAGAAGUUGCGAGCAAGAUUUUAAUUCAUCUGUUAGGGAUGGUGGUAAAGGAAGCUGUAAUGACAGAGUACAGGUUCGACAAGGAAACACCUUCGGAAAAGGAUUUGUCACUUGAACAAAGAAAUUUUCUAAAGCUUUGUACAGAGUUUUUCUUCUGCUGCUCACCAGACACAAGAACAGAACUUUUUCCUGCAUUUCUUUCCAAUCUAGGAGGUGUUGUGUUAAUCAAUCCCAAACAGCUGAAUAUUGCUGCAAAUGAACAUUUUGUUAAAACUACGGCUCCACUUAGAUAUAUUUUCUUUUCUUAUAGCGACCAUUAUACAGAGCAAAGCUAUCGUAACCUAAUUUCGAUAACCCGGCAGUUAAGCGCUGUUAUUGGUAGCAGCUCAGGAGAAAAGAAAGCAUCAGAAUUCUUAGAUAGUUUUCCAUGGCGUAGUGUACACGAAUUCUUUUUAAUGAAAAAAGUCAAUACCUACCUUUAUUUUUCUAAAAUUGUGACUCCUUUUCCAUGUGAAAUCAUAAAGGCACUAAUAUCAAAGGAGUCAGCAAAGAACGCAAACAUAACAUCUAGAAAAUCUCAUGAUCUCGAAGUCUGCUUUGACACUGCAAGCAGCAACAGAUUGAAUUCAACACAGCAUGCUUUGUCAAGGGUUCGGACGAUUGAGGCUGAUGGACUAGACAUUUCAGAACUGGAACUUCUGAAUGAUGUGCUCCCUAUUGUUACUGCGCCACAAAAGAUAUGGCUUUGGGGUAAAGCAGGUCAAGCGUUUUCUGCACAGGUGACAGAAACUCUCCUGCGGAAAAUUAACUGUACAUACAAGCUCAAGAUAUUAUCACUUAGUCGCAUUAACGUCACCUCACAGACCGCUUGUUUCGUCGCUGCAUUAUUGCAAAAGGCACCU